AUGUCCAAAUCAGGAUGCGUCGCAUGGAAGGUUCCUGCUGAUACAUCAGAGACGAUUGCGAUUCUCGAGGACUCGGUUAAUCACGAUGUGGGCGAGGUCCGUUCUGAUAAGCAGCGAGUUGAUUCAACUCGCGAGCUUCACCCUGCUCAGUCCGUCCGGAACGCAAAGUCCUGGUGCGAAACCCCGAGCAGGCAGGCAUGUCACAGCAGUUCAGCGGCGACCAACAGCCGCUCCGAAAUUUCGACGCGUGGGAACGUCGACUUUGUCAAGACGCGGGCUCCGUUCACCGCUGACCCUUCGAAGCAAGAUCUCUGGUGUAUCUAUCGACAACGAGCCGUCCUCAUCACAGGGUAA